CACACCAUUUCAACUUGCCAACUGGAACAUAGUGUUCCCACUUUGUUUCCAGGAUGACUAGAAACAUUUAUUUAUUUAUUUAUUUCCAGGUAAGCCUACACUGCAGCAUUCCCUCCUGGACAGUUUCUGACCGUGAAAGCCCCGUAGGAUUAUUAACAGCUAGGAUACACAUGACCCCAUGACACAAAGUAGCAAAUCAGGAUUACAUUGUAUUAUGUAAUAGUUGAUUUUGUAUAGUUAAUUGCCACCAGGGGGCGACAGCGGCACUUGUUUACUUUACUGACCGUGGCUUAGUCCUGGCACUUCUGGGAACAAUAGGUGGAGUUACUGGUAAUUGACCUUUAUGAUAAGAUUUAUCACACUUUUUAAGAAAUAUAUAUUUCAGUCAACACAAAGUACUGAAUGUAAAAGGAAACCUAAUAUGAGGCAAACAAGUCAACACUAUAAAUAUUUAACAUUUUCAGGCCUACAUGCAUUUCAAAAGUUACUUACAGCUUACUUAACCUCAUACCUGCACAGUGCACACAUGGAGAGUUGCGUGAUGUGAACUUUGAACUAUACACUAAACUUCAGUGAAAUAUAUGAUGCUAAAUUUAAGUGAUAUCUGUGUGACGGUCCACUACAUCCCUUCCUUUGGUUAUGUGUUUCUAUUUUCUCUUUUAAUUGAUUUCCCCCCACCAUAUUAUCUGUGUUAUAACUUUCAGGUGACAGGAAUUUUUCUAAAUAUUUUAGAAAAAUAGACCUUUUUGUGUGUGUUUGAUAAUUGAAAAUACAGGCUUAUAGCUGUAGAAAAAAAUAGCAUCACAAACAUUACAUUAUUCUUUUUUAUCUGGUGUUAGUUCGUCAAAUUGGGAGUGACAGCAGGUUCUAAACUUGUGUUUUAACUUCCGGUGUUGGGACUUCUUAAGUGUGCAUUUAAUGUGGGUAGACUGCCACACUGGUGGACACACAGUAGCCUAAUCUUUCUAUUCACGUUUAUAAAGCCUGUGUCUGCCUAUACUGUAUGACUGAUAACAAAUGGUGUACUGUCUCUUUAAGAGUCACAGAGUGCACUCGGCCAUUUCCGUCUCCAACCAGCCGGUGGUGUCACUCAACAACCGUGGAGACUUCAAACCACUCUAAACACACCUCACACUGCUGAAUAGGUUGUAACAUCCCACAAACCGAGAAUACUCGCCUGGAGAUUAUUUUCCCUCUCAGUUCAAGGAUUCAGGCACAAGAGAACAUCAUCUUGUCAUUUCAUAAAGUUGGUUGAAAAUCUUCCCAUCAUCACCUGUCCUUAAAACAAUUACUUUAGAGAACAGCUGUCAGAGAAAUUGCUCUUUUGAUGGUCAGCCAUGGAUGAAGACGACAGCCAAGAUGAGCUGAUAAAUCGCAAUGCGUCCCACAGCAAAGGAAAAAGGGCUGCACUGUGGGCCAUUUCAGAUGACUCCGACAACGUUGAUGAGGAGUCUGAGGAGGGAGAAUCCGAUAGUGGUGAGGAAGAAGAUGAGGAUCACCUAGAUGGAGAAGAUGAGGAGGAGGGAGAAGAAGAGAAUGAAGAGGAUGAUGAUGAGGAGGAGGAGGAGGAGGAAGAUGCUAAGGCGGAGGAGGCAGCUUUUGGGGGAACCUCUGCUGACCUUGCAGGCAUGAGCUCAGAUGAGGACUCGGAGAAAUGUCCCAUCUGCCUUAACUCAUUCAACAGCCAGCCUGUGGCAACACCAGAGAGCUGUGAGCAUUACUUCUGUCUCGACUGCAUCCUUGAAUGGGCCAAGAAUGCAAACUCGUGUCCUGUGGACCGUAUUGCUUUCAACAACAUAUAUUUAAGGAAAUGUUAUGGAGGCAAAGUGCGGAAAAUGAUUACAGUACAAAAACCUGUGAAGGAAGGUCAAGAGGAGACAGUAGAUUUGGACUUGGAGCAGACCAGCUGUGAGGUGUGUGGGGGCAGUGACCGGGAGGACCGCCUCUUGCUCUGCGAUGGCUGUGAUGCUGGGUAUCACACGGACUGUCUCACGCCACCUCUUGAUGCCGUUCCUGUUGAGGAAUGGUUCUGCCCCGAGUGUCAAGCCAACAACCGUCACUCAAGGGGUUCAGCUGAAGAACUUAGUGAUACAGAGAGCCUUCCUUCUACUGCUCGUCCUGCCACCAGUCGCUCCCAGUCCCGUGCUGCAGGUCCAACCCGAGCUAUCGCCCGUACCCAGCAGAGUGAGAGGGUUCGAGCUAGUGUCAACCGUCAUCGCAUCACACAGGCACGCACAUCGCAGCUGGCUCCCACAUAUCUGAUGCAGUCCACUUGGCUGGAUGAGACUAUCAAUGCUGUGGUGGCCGGACUUAACAGAGCUGUAUAUGUAAGGGACUUAACACCUCGUGUCCCAUCUACCCGCAGGCGCAAGACCGGAAAGCGCAGAAAGGUCAAAAGCAAGAAGACAUCCACUGCUAAGGGUAAAAAAGGUAAAUCAUCAAGCACAGGAGUCAGGAGGAGGAGACGUAAAGUGAGGAGGACUAAAUCUGGAAAAAAGGUAUUGAAAAAGGCAGCCACUCCUCGAAGCCGCAUUGCUAAUAGUCUUGGAAUUGCAAAGGACAAGAGGAGCUCUUCGCUACCUACAGUGUACCGGCCCUCAGAGCACACACUAAGCAGCAUGCGAGCUGACAUAGGAGCUGCAUCCCUCUCCAUCUAUGGAGAUCCUUUUGACCUGGAUCCAUUUUCGGAUCAUGAGGAAGAAGAGCAGCAGGAACACGUUACAACACUGUUGGAGGCCAAGAGAAGAGGGAUCUCUCGCUCUGCUCUUCGCUCUCACCAGCCUGUAGCUCGACCAGUCACUGCAAGCAUUUCCAGGAGGGGUAUGGAUGUCCCCCAGUCAGGGGGCGUUGUGGAGGCAGCUCCUGUACCUGACCUGCUAGGCAGUAUCCUAUCAGGACAAAGCAUGCUCUUGAUGGACAGCUCUGAUGUUGUCAUUAAUCGAGAUGGUUCUCUUAAAGCUACAAAGCCAAUGAGUCUGCCAUCUGCGUUAAAGCCAGAUAGCAGCAAAAGCAGUAGCUCAGGAGACUCCAGCACUCAGAUCAACCCAGGGAUAUCACCCAACCCAGGAGACACUUCUCUGUCUGUCCACUACAACGGAGACCUACCAGGAUCCUCCCGUAGCACCCUGAACGGACCUUUCUCCCAGAGCUCUUCUCGCUUACCCCCUUUCACACCGUCCUCCACAAGGCACACCCAACCACCUCUCCAUACUGAUUUACCACCCAGAGGUCAUCCGAGUUUGCAGCCACCUCGUCCAACCAGACCCAUCCCAACUCCUGGUCACCGGGGAACUAAUGGAGUUGGAACCCCCAGGGAAACAACUUCCUCAUCCAUCCACCCCGCCUCAGACUCUAGCUCAAAGAGCAAGACAAUGGUUCCUUCACAAUCCCAACCUAAAAAAGCGUCUACAAAGCCCAUGUGGGUAGACGUGUCAGUGCUUCCUAGGAUACCGAAAAUAAGAAGGGAGAGCAGCAAUGUCACAAAUGACGGCACUAAUCAAAUUGGUAGUAGUGGCAGUAAUAUAAGUAGUAGUAGUAGUAGUAGUAGAAGUAGUAGGGGAAGCAGUAAUAGUUACGGUAUGCCUGAAACAGGCAUGAACAACCUUGCUGGGGACAAGAAUAGGCAGCAAAGUGUAGACCAGCAACAGGGCAGGGCUGAAGGUCAGGCCCAUAGGCACAGGCGUGACGGAGCAAGCUCAUCAUCAGCCUUCUCAAACUCAUUCUCCUCCUCAUCCUCCUCCACUGGCUCUCCUGCCAGCCAGCCAUGUUAUCCCUCAUUAUCUUCCUCAUCUUCAUCAUCAGUGAGCUUCCGCAUUAACUCCAGUGGGAACUCAUGGCAUUCAAGGCGGCUAAGCACCCCGUCAUCCUCUGCUAGUGGAGGCAGCAUGCAGGAACACUGGAGAGAAAAGGAAGAUGAAGCAAAAAAGAGACAGUUGCACAGGGAUAAACAGAUGCUGCUGGCAUCACGUACGCCCAACAAUAAGGAACAAGACCGUAAUAAUAUCUAUGAUCCCUUUAAUCCCACUCUGUCAGACUCAAGCAGUUCAGACGGUGAAGCUGAGAGCACGAGCCUGGAUAGCAGCUCCCAACGUGCUAGGUUAGCUCCCAGUUUAGGAAACAAGGAGUGUGUAGUGCAAAGCAAGCAGAAGCUGGUUACUGUGAAAACUGAAACACAGGAGAGUGAGAUUUCGCAGGAAGAACCAAGGGGAGCUAUUGUACAGGAGACUGUAUCACAGGUGGUCAGAUGCUCAGAGGAAAAAGUCAAGGUUGAAAAAGAAUCAAGAUUAGUAGACAUUAAGAUUGAGGAACAAACAUCAUUACUUGGCACCGAAGUUAAGAAGGAGCCAGGGUUAAAUGAUACAGAGGAAGCUGAAAAGUGUGGUAACAGCGUAAAAAGUUAUUUGAGUACAGGGACAGCAGACACCACACCACCUGUUCACCACAGCCUGGACCUCUUAAAGACUGAGAAAGAGACUCUAGAGGAGGAGAGUGGACAGAGUGUUGGAACUCCCAGCAGUGCUCCCCCUAACUAUAAGAAUGAUUCAUCAACAUCCAGUUCAGCUCCCGCCAAGAAGAAACAAAAGACAGAAGUCAAAUCUGAGUCCAAACCCUGUUCCAGGUCCCCAUCAAGAGAUUUGAGCCAAAAGAAGAAAACCUCCAAAAGAGGUGUUUCAUCUAAGGAGCGACACUCUAGCUCGAGCAGUUCAGAGACAGACAGAGACAGGAGAGGAGACCAUAAUGCCUCUGGACAGGGAGGCUGGCAGAAAGAAAGGAACAAGGACAGAGAAAGGAGUGCCAGGCGGUCAAGGUCCAGAGAGAAGAGGAGGGCACGUUCAACAUCAGAGAGCUCUAGGUCCAAUUCCCCUGAUAGGACCCACAGAAAGAGACGACGGUCACGAUCCAAAGACGGGAGGCGAUCCAGGUCUGGUUCCAACUCUAGCAGCAGAGAGUGUUCAAGAAGGAAUAAACAUAAACAAAAGAGGAAUGAUGGAAGAGAGAGAGACCACAACAGAAGACAGGUGUCAAAGGACAAGAGACGUGGUCGUUCUCGGUCAAAAUCACGGUCUAGAUCUAGAUCAAAGGACAAGAGACGUGGACGUUCUCGGUCAAAAUCAAGGUCCAGAUCUAGAUCAAAAGACAAGAGACGUGGUCGUUCUCGGUCAAAAUCACGGUCCAGAUCUAGAUCAAAGGACAAGAGAUGUGGUCGUUCUCGGUCAAAGUCACGGUCCAGAUCUAGAUCAAAGGACAGGAAGCAUGGUCGUUCUUCACAGUCAAAGUCACGGUCCAGGUCCAGAUCCAGAGAAAGGAGGAAAGAUCACACACGACCGCAACAACCGUCUCUCUCCACCAGAGACAAGGUCGAGUCACAACCAAAAGACAAAAGGAGACAGAGGUCUAGAUCAAGCUCAAGAGAGAGAAGGAAAGAAGAACGAUCAUCCAAAAGUUCACAGAAAACUUCAGGGUCGGGUAUUUCAUCCUCUAAAGACAGGAAGGACAAGAAAAAAGAGAAAGAUAUGACUCAAAGCUCAAUUAAAGAUGAAAAAGUUGCUAUAGUGAACAAACAAGAGAUGCCCUCCUCUGCCUCUGCCUCUAACAUUAAAAAGGAAGGUGAAGACCUCAGGGCAGACAGCCAGGCCUCAACAGCAGAAAUGAUGAAAGAGAUCAAGGUUGUAAAAGAAAUUAAGAAAGAAAAACAACCAUCUCUUGAUAUGUUUGAAGAUUCUCCAAUUACCAAACAGAUAAAGAAAGAAGGUAUUGACACUCUUUCUUUGAUCGUAGCCAAAAACAUAAAACAAGAAGAAAUCGAAGAACACCCCAUCAAGAUUGAACCUUGUGAAAUAAUCAAGGCUGAAACUUGUGAAAUCACUGCAAUUAAAUCGGAGCCGAGUUCCCCAGAAGUGUGCCACUUACCCCCUGUCACCUCAUUUUCUACAUUGACCACACCUGUUGCAGCAGACAGUCUGCUGGAAACAGUUUCCCUGUCUCACUCAGAUUUAAAGGCCUCAGAACAACCAAACACUGUUGGUUUGAGUGUCCCCAUAAAGCAGGAAGUUCAGCAACCUUCAGACUCUGAUGAUGACUUCAAUGUUGAUGUGAUGCUUGACAACCUGGAUUAUGUGAAGUCUGAGCGUGCAGAGGGAAGUGCUGCAGCUGUCAAACAAAAAAAGGGCGGACAGGAGGGGAAGAAUGAAGGUGAGCAGGUGCCGGCCAUAGUGGGAGCCAAAUCCAAGACUCAAGUGAAGAGGGUUACCUGGAAUAUACAGGAGCCUGAGGGACCUCAACCAGAGAAAUCCGCAAGCAAGCUGGCUCUAUACAAAUUGAAGCUGAAGCAGGAAGGAGCUCGCAGACCCUCUUCCACAGUUCAGACAUCCAGUCAGGACAUCACUGGACCUGGCUCUGUCAGUGACCCUUCCAAGAAGGGUGGUGUUGGUCCGCACAGCACCAACUCUAGAUCUGAUAGUGUGCACCCUGAGGGGUUAUCAACCACCGGGCAAGGAGAGGCAGAAGAAGGGGAUGUGUCGAGAAAUGACAAGCAGUAUUUGAAGAAGCUUCACAUGCAGGAGAGAGCAAUAGAGGAGGUGAAGCUAGCUAUCAAGCCUUUCUACCAGAGGAGAGACAUCAACAAGGAUGAAUAUAAAGAGAUUCUACGAAAAGCCGUCCAGAAGGUGUGCCACAGCAAGAGCGGGGAGAUUAACCCAGUGAAGGUGGGAAAUCUGGUGAAGGCAUACGUGGACAAAUACAAACAUGCUCGGAAACACAAGAAAGGAGAGGAUUUAGGGAAGGGACUGGAGGGACAGACUGAGGCCAUGAAAACCUCUGACAGCCCAUGAGGAGGUGUGAACCACUAUAGGCAAGGACAGCUGCACCCAUCACAAACACUAAUUCAUAUUCAUCUGUGUUUUACUUUGUGUCCUACCGUCGGGUGUGACCUCAAGUUCUCUGACACGCUCAAUCUAAACGGUUACAUUAGAGUCACUUACUGCUUCAAGAUGGAACAUUUUCUAUAAUGUUGAGCUUUCUAUCUUAAUCGAAUUUUGAGGAAAAACUUUGUUGAUCACAUGAACAGCACCCGCUGGUGUCUUGUGCUUGGACAGUCACUGCCAAGAACUGGUCUUUUUGUUUAGUACAGUUGAGAAACUUAUGGGAGACUUUGAGGUUGUGCCUUAAAGAGGCAAAUCUUUAAACACUCCCAUCGAGUGAUAAAUCAGGUAGCUUUCUCCACAGGCAUAUCACUGGGAGGAGGCAUUGUGGGCUUUGAGUUUUCUGUGGUGUUUUUGUUUAGUGGGAACAAAGGGUUAUUUAUCAGUGGCAAAACUAAUUUUGUUGGUUACAAAGUGGUAUUAAAAUAUGCAGAGUAUGCAUAUUUAAGAAGUUUGUCACAUUAAGGAAAGACACUGUUAUGCAAUAUUUGUAGAAACUUUAUCAGUAGAGUAAUUGAACAAUUUUAGAUUUUGUUGUAAAUAAUAUAGAUUUGAUAUAUCCACUUAUAUGUUCCUUUCAUCUGUGUUACCUCUUGUGAAUGACUGGCAUAAAUGGUUUUAGUUUAUAAGUUUAUUAGUUUAUGUUUUGUAUUUGGGAAAUUUGACUCAGUAGUUUGAAAUGAAUAACGGAGUCACUUUUCUCAAAUAACAGCCUCUUCCCUUUACACCUACUUGUUUUUUUUUUUUUUUUUUUAAACUUUUGCACCAUUAUCAUCUUUUGAACCCAUGAAAUGUAAAAAACUGGGUUUUAGAGAGCGAGGGGAUAUUUUGUUUUUAUGCCAAACAAGUAAAAAAUGAGUAAAAAAAAGUAUCUUUUCCCAAAAAAACCAAAAAAAAACCAAAAAAAAAACAAAUGGAGAUUUAAUUAGUUUUUUGGGCAUUUUGUUCUCAAACAGCAUCCUGUAAGCUAUAGUAUUUUCCAAUGUAGGUAUGAUAAAAGUAAAUACAUGCCUUUAGUUGGGAAUAUUAAAAGUAUCUUUUC